AUGAGUUUAAAUCCUAAUCAAGAAAAUGAACUUGUUAAUAAAUUUAUAAGAAUUUUAGAAGCAGAAUAUAAGAUCAAUGGUCCUAAACAUCCAAAUUAUGAACGUACGAAUGGAAUAAACCAUUUAAAAAGUUAUAUCAGAAGUCCUCCUUAUAGACAAACAUUUUAUAAUUAUUUAUAUUAUCUUCGAAAAUUUAUAAGCUUAAACAAUAUUCAUAAUGUUUGUAAUGCUACACUUCUUAGAUUUGAUAAUGAUGUUAAUUAUUAUAAGACAUUAAACAUAAAUGCAGCUGCUGUGGCUGCUGCAAAUGCUGCAAGAAUUAAAAAAUUAGAACAAGAGAGAAUCCAAAAAUUACAACAAGAAAAAUUAGAAAAAGAAAAACUAGAAAAAGAAAAACUAGAAGAAGAAGAAAAAAUCAAAAAACUAGAACAAGAAAAACAUGAAGAAGAAAAAAAACUUGAAAGAUUGGAAAAGGAAAAAAUCCUUGAAAAGGAAAAGAUCAAGAAAUUAGAUGAAUUGAUGAAACUAGGAAAAGAUGAAAUAAUCAAAAGAUUGAAGGAAGAAAGAUUAAAAGAAAUAGAAAAAAUAAAAAUAAUCGAAUCAGAAAUAUCAAAAGAAGAAGAAAAAAUAUCUUAUAAAAUAAACGAAGAGAUAGAAGAGAAAAAGGAAAUUGAAAAAUUAGAUGAAUUGAUAAAUAAAGAACAAAAACGAAUUGAAAAGAUAGAAAAAGAAAUAUUAAAAGAAGAAAAUAACAAGAUAUUAGAAAAUGAAAAAAGAAUCAAAGAAUUAGAACAAGAAUCCAUUGUUUUUCAUUCAUCUAUUGAUGAAAUUUUGAUAAAUCUAGAUAUUAAUUUUUCAAAUGAACUAAUCGAAAAAAAAUUGAAUUAUAUCAUCCAAUAUACUGAACAUUUUAAAAAAUUUUAA